AUGGCGGGGAUCCGUGGGUUCUUUAAGAGAACUUGUAAGGCUGUGACAAGCCUCUUUCUCCCUAGCCGCACUAAUAAAGUGGAGCCUAUUGUUUCCUCAAUAAUGCCGGACACACCUCAAUCUUCGUUAGGGCUGUCUGUCCCAAUUGUAUCAAGCCUCGAGCAAAGUUCAGGUUCCCACCGGCUCGAGCAUGCAUGUUCGGUUGAGGGUGUAAAUGCAGCCAAAGUUUGCUCAAUGCCGGAACAAACUUUAAACACGGAUUCAGAUAUUGUGGAAGCGCAUGUUAUGGACACAUCGGACAUCAUGUCUGCAUCCUCGUUGCACAUCGCUGGUGAAGAUGGCAAUCUGAGUGAUGGCGCUGAAGCACUGACAGAACUCAGUGCAAGCAGUGACUUUUCACUGCCACCUGACCUAUGGUCUGCUGAGGUGAAUGAUAAUUCAUCGCCAGCCAUAGAGAUGAAAAAGAGACACCAGUUAUCGGACUCUUUGUUGUCAAUUGACGAUAAGUCCAGGAGGGUGACAGGAAACUCAUCUGCAUCCGUAAGACUGGACAUUUUAAAUGACAUGAAGAAUCCUAAUGGAACAUUCACUGGGAUCAACCCAAAUGAACAACAUGUCAAAAGUAAGAAGAAGAAGAGGGCAGGAAAAAUCCGUAGGUUGUGCAAGAAUACCUGGAAGGCUGUGAAGAAAACCUUCACCCGCCGAAGCAAUAGAAUUGAGCCUAUUGUACUGCCACAAAGAUCUCCAUCUUAUGAAAAACUGUUUGAGCCCACUGAUGGAGAUGUUCUGUCUUACUAUACAUUGAAUAAUAUCCUGGGAAAAGGAGGAUUUGGAACGGUUUGUCAGGGAACACGGAUUUCUGAUGGCCAAGAGGUCGCCAUCAAAUAUAUGUCCAAGUUGGAAGAUGGCCGUACUAUUUUGAUCCCUGGCCAUCCCAAACCUCUGAUUACCGAAGUGGCUCUGAUGCUUAAGAUGAGCGAAGCUCCCUUAAGCCCAAAUGUGAUCAGAAUGUUUGAAUGGUUCGAAGACCCCAAGGAUGUAAUAGUGAUUAUGGAGUACCCUAAGCCCUGCCUAAGCUUAUGGAAAUAUCUCUCAGAACCACUGAGUGAAAACACAGCACGUGUUUUAAUGCGUCAAGCAGUACAGGGAGUGAUCGACUGCAUUGACCACGGCGUGUUUCACACUGACAUCCAUCCGGGCAACAUUCUGGUCAACACGAGCACACUGGAGCUCAAGUUGAUUGACUUUGGUUGUGGUCAGCUGUUGACUACUGCUGGCUACAAAAUAAGUCAGUAUAGAGGAGUACCAGACUACUGCCCACCUGAGGUCUUUAACAAGCGCAGGUAUCAGGCCAUUCCUGUAAACGUCUGGAGUCUAGGUUUGGUUCUGUAUAAAAUGGUCAACGGGCGUAUAAAUAUGCCUUUUGAAAACUCAAAGAAAGUCCAGUUUGUGAAUCCCGACUUAUCGGAAGAAUGUCGUAGCAUUAUUUGUGAGUGUUUAGCUCGUAAACCAGCUAAACGGCCCACAUUACAGCAGAUCUUGAAACACAGCUGGUUUAAUCCAGAAUGA